AUGAACUUUAACGGUUCAUCAAAUAACUCUGUGCCGCAGCAGUUUGUUAACCUGCAACAGCAGCAACAGCAGCAACAGCAACAGCAACGAAACCAACCUUCGGGUCAGUUCCAGCAGCAAGCUCAACCAAUGCAACAACAGCCUCAACAGCAACAACAACUCAACCCACAGCAGAUAAUGCACAUCAGCAACUUGGGAGUUCCUCAAAGCGAGAGAAAUGCCUUUAUCGAACGUUUUUUGGAGUUUCUUGCUAAUUCUAAUAUCCCACCAGAGCAGCGCCGUAUUAAAGCUCAAGCUUAUGAACUUUCAAUUUUAUUAAAGUGCAAUUCAAAGGAAGCUUACCUUCAAAAAACAAGGGAGAUUAUUGCCAGGUUCCCACCUAGCCAGAGGUAUAAUCCAAUGGUCCAAAUGCAACCGCAACAACGACAACAACCUCCACAACAAAACCAGCCUCAGCAAAGUAUGAGUGAGUCUCAGCAACAACAAUUUGUAGCAGCUUUACAAAAUCAAAAAAAUCAACCCCUCACUCCUGCACAGAUUCAACAAGCUCAACUUUUUAGACAACAACUGCAGCAACAACAACAACAACAGCAACAGCAACAGCAGCAGGGUCAAGGGAAUCGACCAGCAGUUACUUCAACAGCUACUCCAGAGCAGAUUGCUAUUAUGAAGAAGAUUAUGGUCCAAAAACAACAGCAGCAGCAAUUGCUGCAACAGCAAAGACAGCAGCAGCAACAACAACAACAACAACAGCAGCAGCAGCAGCAGCAGCAGCCGCAACAACCACAGCAGCAGCAGCAACAGCCGCAACAACCACAGCAGCAGCAACAACCACAGCAGCAGCAACAGCCGCAACAACAGCAACAGCCCCCACAACAACAUAUGUCACCUGAGUUAACCAAUGCUCUCAAGCAAUUUAUGAUAAGAAUUCCCAUUCCCAAUGAACUGCUGCAACAUCUCAAGGUUCGACUUCCUGAUGGUGUCAACAAUCUUGAACAGUUAAUGCGCGGUAUCAACAAUGGUUCGAUUCCUCUUACGGAUAAUAUUAGGUCCUUGCAAUCUUAUCAACAGAAAUAUGCUCUCAAGAAUUUCUUUCAGGCUGAAGAAUUUCAACGAUUUCAAUUGCAACAGCAACGUGCCCAGCAACAGCAAAAAUCUCAACAACAACAGCAGCAACAGCAACAGCAACAGCAACAGCAACAGCAACAGCAACAGCAACAGCAACAGCAACAGCAACAGCAACAACCACAGCAACAGCCACAGCAGCAGUUACAACAACAGCAGCAGCAGCAGCAGCAAAAACAACAACAGCAGCAACGUGCUCAGCAGAUUCAACAAGCUCAACAAGCUCAACAAGCUCAACAAGCUCAACAAGCUCAACAGGCUCAACAGGCUCAGCAGGCUCAACAAGUUCAACAAAUCUCUCAACAAGUUCAACCACAACAGCCUAACAGGUCUCCGUUUUUGCAACAAAGUCAAAUUGCUCAGCCAAACCAAAAUGCAGGAAUCAUGAAUGAAAAUCAAAAUAAUGCACCGCCACAACAGCAAGUGCUUCCAAGAGGAGCCGGUACAACAAGAGGUCGCGGAAAGCGAGGUCGUGGAGCAGCUUCAAGAUCACCUCAGGUUACACACCAAGGACUUCAAGCCAACAAACAGCAGCAGCAGCAGCAGCAGCAACAACAACAGAAGCAGCAACAGAUUUCUCAGGUUCCACAGGUCAUACAGCAACAGCAACAACAGCAACAGCAACAACAACAACCACAGCAGCAGUUGCAACCUCAAACACAGCAGCUCAGGCCUCAAACCUCGCCACAACAACGAUUUGCCAAUCCUGCCUUGAACAACAAUGGAAACAAUAAUAUGAUUAGGGCAAAUCAAGGCACUGGAAACCAACCUCAGCAAUUCCAACAAGCACCGCAACAGCAACAGCAACAGCAACAACAGCCACAAGCAACACAGCAGUCACAACAGCAACCUCAACGUUCUCCACAAAUGGGUAGACGGGUGGCUCCUGAGCUUUUGAACCAGCUUAAGGAACUUGUCAGCAAAAACCCCAUUCCUUUAAAUGAUGAGACAGACCAGUUGUCUGAAGAAGAUAAGAAGAAGGUGAGAGACAUUUAUGUGACAUGCGCCAAAGAAGUGAUGCCCUUUUUUGACCAAUAUUAUCAUGCAAUUGCCCAAGUUCUCAUCAAUGAUAAUCAAGGGCUUUUGCGACUUCACCGGGCCCUUGACAAGUUUAAACGUGUUUCAGGGGGGUUCAAAAAUGGACGCUAUUUGACUGAUGUUGCCGGAAUGGAGCACAUGAAGCAAGAGUUGUCUGAAUAUCAUAAUGUGUUGAUUAGACUGCUUAGAUCACGUAUGCAAAUGUCAAACCAGGCUCAACAACAACAGCAGCAACAGCAGCAGCAACAGCAACAGCAGCAGCAACAACAACAGCAGCAGCAACAGCAGCAGCAGCAGCAAAACCAACAGCCUGGAGGUUCCAAGAGUAAUCUUAUCUCACAAACUGCUAUGAGAAGCCCGAUGAUGAACCAGAAUAUGACUUCUGCUCAGUUGAUGCAGAUUCAACGACAACAGCUUCAACAGCAGCAGCAGCAACAACAACAACAGCAGCAGCUUCAAUCUCAAAUUCAACAACAACAACAACUUCAGUCUCAGCUUCAGCAACAACAACCUGCUGGGGGCUUGGUACCAUCGCCAGUUGUUCCUUCUGCAACAAUCCAAGCACCUGCUACUGGAACCACCACCACCACCACCACCACCAACAAUAAUAAUAAUAAUAGUACGCCUGCUGCUACUCAAGCUCCUAGACGCAAGGGCAGAGCUCCUGGUACACGGAAAAACUCGAAACAACUUAAGUCGACACCCACUCAAGCACCGGCACAGCUUCCUCCUCAACAGCCACUGACGCCAAUGACACCAGUAACAGCAGCCAACCAGUCUUAUCCUGUGUCUCAAACGCCAACAGGAGCUGGAGCUACACCAAGCGUACCGCUUGCUACGGCAUCGCCAUACAAUAAUAAUAACAAUAAUAAUAAUAAUCAAGGCACUAAUCCAAACUCUCCAAUGCUGUCUAAUACUCCUACAACAAUGAACCAAGCUGGUCAAAGUAUGAAUGCACCUCAAGGUCAGCAGCAGCUCCAGCAACCUCCUCCAUCGUCUUCUUCGUCCUCGUCUUCUUCGCAGUUAUUGCAGCCAUCUCCACGGACAUUUGCAGCUAACCCUGAUGCAUUGUCUCCACAAGGAGUGCCACAGUACAUGAAGCCUGGGCUGACACAGGACCAGCUGAAACUGCCACAGAACUUUCAACAACAACGGAAACAGCGCAAGGGUUCACAGACUCCAAACGUGGGGACACCUUCCAUGCCUUCUGGUGGAAACAAUACACCGUCAAUUAGUGCUCAGCAACAAAGUCAACAAAGUCAACAAAGUCAACAAAGUCAGCAAAGUCAGCAAAGUCAGCAACAGCAACAAGCUGGCGCAACACCAGGUAUUGGAACACCAGGAUCAAUUGGUUCUCCCGAUAAUACGUUUAUUGCAGGGUCUCCUAUGCAACAGCCAAACACAUUAAAACAUUCACGGAGCGGUAGUAUGAAUGAUGGGCCUAUUGGUGGGGUUAAACGGGAGAAGCUUGAAGGUGGGCCAGCAGUGCAAUCACGCGCGGGGACGCCUGGGGGGUCUUUUGGAGCUGCAGAUGUUGAUUUGCGGCGCAAGAGUUUUGUUGACCAUUACCAGCGACGUGGAGACUCCAACAAGGCGGAGCUUGCACGGAACGAUCCGAUUGGGUUUUUUAUCCACGGGCUUGGAGAGGCACUUGGAGUUCCUGAGGGAGUGAUUCAAGAGGUGAAUAAUAGUAGUGUUGAGCAGCUUGAGGUUAUUGUUAAGAAUGAGAAUAACAAUGGCGUUAAUAAUAGUAAUAGUAAUAGUAAUAGUAAUCCUACUACUACUACUACUACUACUACUACUACUACUACUACUUCUACUCCUACGAAUAUUAUUAAUAAUAAUAAUAAUAAUAAUAAUAACAACAAUAAUGCAGUAUCUGGAAUGUCGUUAUUAUUAACGCCACAGCAAGGGUCUGGUCGGGUUCCAAUUCUUGGAGGAGCCAACUUUGGGUUUGAAGACAUUAAUAAUAGUGGGUCAGUACCUAAGAUGCCUAGCAGUUGGGCGGGACCAGUAUCAGCACUUGCUAUUCGCAAUGCAUUUUCUUGUUUGGAUUCUACACGGAGUGUUGACAUCAAUUUGUUGACUCCUCCUGAGGACCCUGAAGGAAGUGGUAUUGUUGGAAAUGGUCAUAAUGUGACGUCUGUGCCUAGUGGUUUUAUUUCUCAGUCAAAGAUGGCGAUGACAGUUCCUACACCUGGGUCUACUGAGGAAAGUAGUAGUCAUCAUAAUGGUGGUACGAAUGUUUAUAGUAUUUCAGAGGAAGAAGUAUCAUGGCCUUCAUUUGAUGCGGAAGGCAAACAACCGAUUGAAUUUAAUGGAUUGAAUCGAACCAAUGCAGAGGGUUUGAAUCCUUGGGACUUUGAUUCUAUGUGUGAUUUUAUUGAUACGCAUAAUUUGGGGUUUGGAGAGAUUAAUUUGUAUUGA